GCCGUCAUGUGAACGAUUUGACAGCUUGGCAAAAUAUUUGGAAGAAAUGAUAUUUUAGCCUGUGGAAAUGGCGACGUUAGAAGAGAUAAGUGAAAAAUGCCUUGCGGUUUGCCAAGUUCCAAUCGUAGUAUCAGAAAAUUCCUUACGCAUUCGUGUUGAAAGUCAUUUUAAACAUGGGCGAAUAUUGGACACAGACAAAGUCGACGGAAUCGAAAGUAGCAGAAACUUGACGAGAAUUGUGCUAUUAUGUUCCUCAACAGCGGAUGUAGAUCAUAUGUGUAAAGAGGUGAGAGAAGAAGAAAUACAAAUAGAAGACGAACAUUUCAUAGUGAAAUAUCAGAAAGCAAUAGCUUGUGAACUUCCAGAAAGAUGGGAAGAUUUUAAGAUACCAGAGCCUCAGUCCUCCGCUGAUUCAACACGGGAACCAGAGUCACAUGUAGGACCAGAUCUACCACCCAGGAGACCAGAACAACAAAUACCGCCAAAUGUGUGGCCUCCAGAAACCUAUGGUGCCAUGUCAGGAUUUUAUCAAAACUUUCCAAUGAAUCCUCAGGGAGAUGCAGAUCACAUACAAGGAGCUGGUGAUCUUAAAAUGAACCAAGGUGAUAUGCAUCAACAAAUGCCUAUGUUUGCAAAUGCACAAGGUCAGCCUCGCAUGCAAGGGCAUGAACACCAGCAAGGUCAUCCUCCUGGCAUGGGUCCGCAACAUGGUACACAGCAAAAUUUUCAGGUCGGCCCUGGUGGUCAAGGACAGUAUCCACCAGGUUUUCCUAUGUAUAGAAUGCCCCCAAUGCCCCAACCUUAUCCGAAUGACCAUCAUAAUGCUCCAGGAGGACAAAACAUGCAAUUUAGACCUGGAAUGCAAAUGCCCAUGCCAAUGAUUUUUUAUGACCAAAGGGGUCAAGUGAUCCGAUUUCCUGGACCAGGAUUUCCUGGUAUGCCUCCCCAGCAUGUGCAACAGGGAGGUGGACUUUGGAGACCUCCACCCCAGCAGCCUUCAGGACCACCUCCACCUUACAAUGAUGGAAAGUUCAGAGGUCAAGGUCAGUCUACUGAAGUCAAGUCAUCAACAGACCGCCCUGAUUAUGGUGCAGCCAGGCAGAGUGAAGUCAUUGCAGAUCAGGAUGAACAAAUGCAAAAAUUGCAGGCAAAAUUAGAGAGAGAAAACGAAGAAGAAACAAUGGAAAAUCAAGGUUAAUCCUUUAUUUAGAUU